ACACGCGCCCUGAACGAGCCGCUUUGUUUUUCACUUUUGAUCAUCGGAAAAUCUGAAAAUACUUCUACAGAUUCUGAGUUUAAGAUUCGAGGAGAAAAACGGAACAUUUCGUGUUUUUGACUUUUCCGUGUGCGUGUGCGUGAUGUGCGCAGAUUACGACAACAGAAGAAGAAGAAGAGUUUGUGCAGCGCAGAUUACGCACUUAAUCCAAACUGUGUUUUUAUUCGUCCAGGAGUUUGAGAGAAGCACAAUCCAAAGAUUAACCUGAUCUGUGUUUGUGAGUUUGGACUCUUCGUCCUCACGAGUCUGAGCCGAGACUGAACACUCCAGAGUCUGAGGUCUACAGGGUUUGGGUUCUUCAGGGUUCCGGUUCUGGAGGUUCUGGAGGUUGUGGAGGUUGUGGAGGUUGUGGAGGUGGAGCAGUGAGGAUCUAAACAUGAGCAGAGUGCUGUGGAGCAGGAGUCUGGUUGUGUUGGACUUUGUGUUGUGAAGAUGCUGCAGACUGGAAACUUCUCCCUGGUGCUGCUGGUGCAGCUUUGCCUUUUGUCGUACGAUCUGUUUGUGAACUCGUUCAGUGAACUUCUGAGAACAGCUCCGGUCGUGCAGCUCGUGCUCUUCAUAAUCCAGGACAUCUCCAUCCUCUUCAACAUGAUCGUGAUUCUUCUGAUGAUGUUCAACACUUACGUGUUCCAGGUGGGGCUGGUGUCUCUGCUCGUCGAGCGUUUCAGAGCUCUGCUCGUGUUUGCGUCGCUCUAUCUGACCCUGAGCAUCUGCCUGCACUGCUGGAUCCUGAACCUGCGCUGGGUGGAGUCUGAUGUGUUUGUUUGGACGGACGGUCUUCAGGCUCUGUUUGUGUUCCAGAGGACAGUGGCCGUGUUUUAUUAUUAUCUGUACAAACGCACGUCAGAGUUUAUGGGCGACCCGCGGCUCUACGAGGACUCGCAGUGGCUCCGUGACGCUUUUUCCAAAGCGCGAGAAUGAAUAAAGAGAUUUAAGGACAAUUUCUCAGAACCUGUGACUCUGAGUUUGGAGCAGCGGCUCUAAUCAAAG